AUGUCCAGACUUUGGCAACCCUCGAGUGAGAUCCUUGCCAAGGCUGCUGCUGGCAGUGCUGCAGGGAGCUCCGUGUCAGCCACUGCUGCUGGCAGUGCUGCAGGGAGCUCCGUGUCAGCCACUGCUGCUGGCAACGCUGCAGGGAGCUCCGUGUCAGCCACUGCUGCUGGCAACGCUGCAGGGAGCUCCGUGUCAGCCACUGCUGCUGGCAACGCUGCAGGGAGCUCCGUGUCAGCCACUGCUGCUGGCAACGCUGCAGGGAGCUCCGUGUCAGUCACUGCUGCUGGCAACGCUGCAGGGAGCUCCGUGUCAGCCACUGCUGCUGGCAACGCUGCAGGGAGCUCCGUGUCAGCCACUGCUGCUGGCAACGCUGCAGGGAGCUCCGUGUCAGCCACUGCUGCUGGCAACGCUGCAGGGAGCUCCGUGUCAGCCACUGCUGCUGGCAACGCUGCAGGGAGCUCCGUGUCAGCCACUGCUGCUGGCAACGCUGCAGGGAGCUCCGUGUCAGCCACUGCUGCUGGCAACGCUGCAGGGAGCUCCGUGUCAGCCACUGCUGCUGGCAACGCUGCAGGGAGCUCCGUGUCAGCCACUGCUGCUGGCAACGCUGCAGGGAGCUCCGUGUCAGCCACUGCUGCUGGCAGUGCUGCAGGGAGCUCCGUGUCAGCCACUGCUGCUGACCAAACUACACGUGUGUGUUUAUACUGUCAGUCGACCAAGCUUGUUUGUGUCGGUUCCUGA